AGGAAGAGGAUUAAAAGUUCUCAGAACUGGUGCCGCUCGGGCGCCGGGACGCUGUUUGCCUGCGGGGUUCCGGGGCCACCAUGUGCACCAACAUAGUUUACGAGUGGCUGAAAGCGCUGCAGCUCCCGCAGUACGCCGAGUCCUUCGUGGAUAACGGCUACGAUGACCUGGAGGUGUGCAAGCAGAUCGGGGACCCGGACCUGGACGCCAUCGGGGUGCGGGCGCCCGCGCACCGCCGCCGCAUCCUGGAGGCCGUGCGCCGGCUGCGUGAGCAGGACGCCGCCGCCGCUGGCCUCUAUUUCACGCUGGAGCCGCAGCCGCCGCCCGCGCCGCCCGGGCCGUCCCCGCUCGCCGUCCCCACCCGCCGCCUGGGGGAGUCGUGCGGCGGUCCGAGCCAGGGCCCCCGUGGGGAUCCCCGCGGCCAGACGACCGCCCCUCGCGGCAGGGAGCUGGUGAGCUACCCGAAACUGAAGCUGAAGAUCAUGAUCCGGGAUAAGCUCGUCCGCGACGGCAUCCACCUGAGCAAGCCCCCGUACUCCCGCAAGGUCCCAAUGGCUGGCAUCCUAGAGUUCUUAAUGAAUUGGCCGAAGUCAUCACAGAACCGCUAGAUAUCAUUUUUGAAAACUCGCGGAGGACUGAUAAGGUGCCUGAAGACUGGAAAAGGGCAUAUUUAGAACCUUCUUUCAAAAAGGGAAAUGGAUGAUGACCCUGGAAAUACUCAUCAGCCUAACUUUUUGCUUGGAAAAAUUCUGGAAUUAUCAACUUAGUAUACUGGGUAACACAUUCAUAAUAGCUAGACAAAAGGCAGUGAAAUAUCACACAUAAGGAAGUACUGACUUCAUUUUUUAAAAAACAUACCAUUGUUAGAAACGGUCUUCUGCGUGUUUGGGGGUUCUGCCCUCCAUACUAUACAUUCUUGAUGAAAACAAAUGAGACUGGCUAAAACUUUUGGUUAAUCUGACUAACUUUAAGUGUGUAAUACAAGACAAAAAAGUUUCUGGCAAUAGCUAGACAUUAUAUCAUUUCUAAAUUAGCCUUUAACUUGAGAAUAGUCAUUUUAAUUUUGUAUUUAAACAUUUUUUUUCCACUUCAUAUAAGAUUGUGUUUUCAUAGUUUGAGAUAUUUUACAUAAUUCUAUAUAGAAUAGUUUGGUGAAGGAGCUCUUUUCUUAAGGUGCUUUAUAUGGUUAUUUCAGAUAUAGGUAGAAUGAUAAAAGUGACAGAUUUAUGUUCCUUACAAGAUCUACUUGUAAGGAAAGAAAAGCAAAGAAAGAAACUUUUUUCUAACUUCUGUUUUUAAAUUUCACCUGACUGAACUUGAGUGUUGGGAACUGUAAGAGUGUCUUACUCUGACAUAUGCUGAGCAAGGUCCAGCUAUGUGGCUUGAUGGCUGGUUUUCCUCAGCUCUGGACGCUGCUAUGCCCCAGAUUGCCUCCCCAGACUCUGAUUUCAGGCCUUUGGCGGUGGGGGUGAGCAGUGGGAGUAGAUAUUAAGAGCCCUUUAUAACCAGAGCCUAAAAGGAGAGUAGAAGGAGGUGGGAGGAGGAAAUGAAGAUGAAUUUUGAAUUUUUCUGCUUCCUGAUGUUCUUGCCUUUGGAGGUUGGCAGUUUUCUUUUCUGCUUAGAAAAUGCAACCAUGUUGAGAAGACGAAAAACUUAGUUGAAAGGAGACCAUCAGAAAGAUCUAGAAACACAGCCAGCCCCAUUGUCAAACAGCUUCUAAGAGCAGCUAGGCAGUACUGUAUUCCAAAAUCUUCUCUGCACUGCUUAGAUGUAUGUAAGAGAUAAAAGUUUACAUCACACAAUACUCAAGAGUAGGAAACUCUCAGAAAAAAAAAGAAAUCUACCUUCAUUUUUUCCUGGUGCAUACUUGAAUGGGUAGGCAGUUAAGGUCUCCAAGGGCCAUUUUAAUCACUUAAAAAAUAUCAGGUUUACAUAGUUUGGUCACUUCGAAAGAUUAAUUUAGACUAGGUAAAUUCAGUCUCAUUCUUGAGUACAAAUGCAAGGAAAUUAAGCUCCGAAAGUAUGUAUACCAUGUCUUUUAAACAACAUGCUGUAGCUUGCAGCUCUGUAAGAGUUAUAUUCCAAUCAAUCUUUCAUCAUUAUUUUUUUUAAGUGAACUAGAGUCUUUAAAAUUUCCAAAUUAGGUUUUUUUUUUUUUGUUCAUGGAGUAGGGAUCUCUAUAGAUUAUAGAUAUGAUUUAUUGUGAUAAUAAAUGGCUUCCUGUUCUAGACCUCAUUUCCAGGUGCAGCAUCUGUGGCAGAUUUAUUUCACAGAUGUGCAUUUUCAUGCAUUUGUUGAAUUGUUGCUGGAGAGGACCUGAUUUCUGAAAAAUCUAUUAUUUUCAUCCUGGGCAUUAUGAUGUAAUCUACAGGAACUAGAAAAUUCUUCAGUCAUUUCAAGUUUGAUUUUCUAUUUGUAUAAUGUGUAACUUCAAUUAUUUUGCGAAGUUUAAAUCUUCUGUUGGGGUUUGCUCUUGAAAUUUGAAAAUGAUAAUCCUCUACCUACAUUGCCAAGAGAAAUAUCAACAACCUCAGG